AUGGCCUCCGCCGAUAACCCCGUCGCCGCUGAUCACUUCAACGAAGACGAGGAUCUCCUCGACGAUGAGGAAUUCUCCGAUCACGACGACGACGACUCCGCCUCCUCCGCCGCCCUCGCCCUCGAUCGCCCUCCCCCCUCCGCCUCCGACGCCCAGGUCACAAUCGCCGUCCCAGGAAUCGCCGAUCCCCACCUUACCCACCACCACCACCACCAACACCACCACCAGCCGCAGCAGCAACAGCAGACCCAGGAGAUCGUGAUCGCUCGGCGGCCGGUCCCACCCGACGAGUCCCGCAAGCUCUUCCAGCGCCUGUGGACAGACGAGGACGAGAUCGAGCUGCUUCAGGGGUUCCUCGACUACACCAGCCAACACCGAGGGCCCCACGGCUCCGCCCAGCACCACCACGACACCACCGCCUUCUACGACCAGAUCAGGAGCAAAUUCCAGCUCGAUUUCAACAAGAACCAGCUCGUCGAGAAGCUCCGGCGCCUCAAGAAGAAGUACCGCAACAUCAUCAACAAGUUCGGCUCCGGCAAGGACUACACCUUUAAGAGCCCCCACGAGCAGGCCACCUUCGAAAUCUCCGCUAAAAUCUGGGGUAAUCUCCCCCCGUUCAAUGUCAACGUCUCGUCCUCCGCCUUCCCUGCUGUCGCUGCCCCUGUCUCCGCCCCCAUCACUGUCCCCAUCGAGGAUGAUGACGAUGACCUCAACAACCCUAAUUUUGCAGAUUGCCAAAGCCCUAAGCUUAAUGGCAUCGACAUAAACAGCAAAACCCCGCGGCCCAAGAAGAGGAACCGAGCUGGCAUGGUGAAAAUGGAGGAAAGACAGCAUCAUGCCUCCAUUGGUAACAUCAAUAAUUAUACUCAGCCACCACCGGCUGCGGCUGCGGCUGCGGCUGCGGCUGCUCAGGGUAUAACAGGAUCACUAUCGAGUGUAAUUGAAGAGACUGUUAGGAGCUGUUUAUCACCCAUUUUCAAGGAGCUGCUCAGCAAUUCUAUGAGCUCCAAUCACAGUCCACAUGGACUGUUCUGUGGACAGCCUGGGUAUGAGCUGACACGAAGCCCACUGCCCUUGGGUUUCGCGGCGGCAAUGGGAGGAGGAGGAGGAGAUAAGGUGGCCAACAACAGGUGGAGGAAGCAACAAAUAUUGGAGUUGGAGGUUUUCUCCAAGCGGCUGGAGCUGGUGCAGGAUCAGAUCAAAGAGCAAUUGGAGGAGCUUAGGUCCAUGGGGAAUUGA